CCAACAGGACGAAGUUGGGAGCGGCAGACCUCGGGGGGCAGCGGCGUUACCGCUGCUGCUGCUAAACAUGCGGGCGUCUCCCCAGUUGUCUCGCUGUCGGCGCCAGGCGAGAGGCGGGCAGCAGCCGAAGCAGCGCGUGUGAGCGAGCGGGGAGCUCCUCUCCUCUCACAAGGAUGCUGGGGGACGAUGCCUGGUGGCAGGGAGGACGAGAUUUGCCAGAAAGCGCUGAAACUGCUGGUCGAGCUCUGCUCCGAGGGGACGGUCGAGAACGACAGGUGCCUGGAGUUCAACUACUACCUGCGGGACAGCGGCAGACCGCGGCCCGCCGACGCAGAUAUCACAGUAAGUUUGCUGUCCUUAGUGGUCACCGUGUGUGGACUUGCUUUGUUUGGGGUAUCUCUGUUUGUGUCCUGGAAGCUUUGUUGGGUUCCAUGGCGAGAGCGUGGCCUGCCAGGCAACAAAGACAAGCAGGAAUCCUUAAACUACACAGACACAGAGACCAAUGACCAAGAAUAUAGUGAGGAAUUCCUGGGGCAGCCUACUUCCUACCCUGACUCUUCCAUGAAGAUUAGCCACACUUCUCCAGACAUUCCAUUGGAUGCUAAGGCAGGGACUAAGGAGAACUGUAUGCACAAUGUUCGGAUGCAUCGACAAAUCACAGAGCCAACUUCUUCUGCUCGGCACAAUUCAAUCCGACGACAGCUCAAUCUCUCCAACCCUGACUUCAACAUCCAGCAGAUCCAAAGGCAGGAGCAACUGACGGGGAUUGGACGCAUCAAACCGGAGCUGUAUAAGCAAAGAUCAGUAGACACGGAUGAUGGUCGGAGAAAUAAUAGCAAGUCUUGUGGGAAACUGAAUUUUAUUGUGAAAUAUGAUUGUGACUUAGAACAACUUAUAGUGAAGAUUCACAAAGCUGUCAGCCUGCCCGCAAAGGAUUUUUCUGGGACUUCAGAUCCUUAUGUCAAGAUCUACUUACUUCCAGAUAGGAAAACAAAACAUCAGACUAAAGUGCACAGAAAAACUCUUAACCCAGUGUUUGAUGAAGUUUUUUUAUUUCCUGUUCCUUAUAAAGAUUUGAGUUCAAGAAAACUUCACUUCUCGGUGUAUGACUUUGACCGCUUCUCCAGGCACGACUUGAUUGGCCAAGUGAUAGUGGAUAAUUUUUUAGAGUUAUCCGACUUUCCCAGGGAAUGUAAUAUGUGGAAGGAUAUUGAAUAUGUCACCAAUGACAAAGUGGAUCUUGGAGAGUUGAUGUUUUCGCUUUGCUAUCUUCCAACAGCUGGCAGACUAACUAUAACUAUAAUAAAAGCAAGAAAUUUAAAAGCAAUGGACAUAACAGGAGCAUCAGAUCCGUAUGUAAAGGUGUCGCUAAUGUAUGAAGGGAGACGACUGAAGAAACGGAAGACUUCUAUCAAGCGGAACACCCUUAAUCCUGUUUACAAUGAAGCCAUAGUCUUUGAUGUCCCUCCAGAAAACAUCGAUCAAAUUCACUUGUCUAUAGCCGUUAUGGAUUAUGACCGUGUAGGUCACAAUGAAGUAAUUGGAGUCUGUCAAGUGGGCAACGAAGCAGAAAGUCUUGGACGAGACCAUUGGAAUGAAAUGCUCUCAUACCCUCGAAAACCCAUUGCACACUGGCAUCUACUUGCAGAGGGCCCUCUUCAGCAGAAAUGUUCUGCAGGCCUUCUACGCAUUGAUGGCUGCCGAAGAGGCUUCUUCACUCUUUUAACCUAUUCAGCAGAAAUUUGGCAUUCCUGUUGAACCCUUUCUUAGCCAUUUUCUCAGGGGCCAUUCUGCAGAGUCCAGAGGGGUCAAGUCAUCCCCUUAAUACCAUUAUUUGACCCUCACCUUUUUCCCAUCCCCAGAAUUUAUAAAUCCCAACCCAUACAAUGCAAAACUUUCUUAGUUACAAAGGUACCUUUGCUUCUGAAGCUAUCUACCAUUUUUACUCUAACAUAAUCACCCAUGUUUAUCAGGAACACCCUUCUACUGUUAUUGGUGGGCUUUCAAGUAAAUUGCAUAAUUGGUCACAUUGUCCCAGUCAAGAGGAUAAUCCAUUUUGAUAUAAAUUUUGAGAUUCAUGAAAAUAAUGUCUUAUUUUUAUUAUGGCUAUUAUCAUAAAUAGAAAAUAUGGACUUGCCACAACCUACUAUCCAUUCAUUUAGUUGUCAUAAUAUUGAUAAACAGCUCGUGCUAAUUUAUAGUUUAUGAAUUACAGUGCAAUAAUAAUCUAGAAGCUUCAACAAACUGGACCUCUCACCCCUUCCAACCAUCAGGAUGAACUGCCUGCCCACAGGCACACACAAAACUCAGAAAAUAAAACUAGAUUAAUAAAGUUAAGUUUCCUUUGAGUCAAGCUUGACUCCUGGUGACUUCAUGGAAAUGUCCUUGUAACUUUCUUGGCAACAGUACAGAAGUUGCUUGCCAUUACAUUCUUUCAGGGUGGGAUUUUGUAUUAUUAUUAUUAUUAUUAUUAUUAUUAUUAUUAUUAUUAUUAUUAUUUCCAAGUCUAGAUUACAGUCCUGGUAUUUCCUGGAUAUCUCAUCCAAGUACAACCCUACAUAACCUUUCAGGAUCAGCAAAGAAUGGGUAGACAAUAGACCAGCAGACUAGACUGGCAUGAGGCAGCAUAAAAAUAUGACAGCUGGAAAUGUGAUAGCCCAGAAAGGCAGGGGAAGGAGUA